AUGCGCCUCGGCGUGCCGGUUCCCCUCCUGCGGCACUACCACCCGGAGGUGGCCUACAACCAGCUGGCGGUCGGGGUGCAGGUCCGGGGGCUGGAUCCCACGCUGGCGGACAUGGUUCGCGAGCGUGGGCGCCUGCGCGUGUCGCUGCAGCUGAUCAGCGCCGCCGGGGCCAAGCGCGACGCCACCCAGGGGGCCUGGGGCGAGCACUCGGUGUCGGCGACGCUGCCGCUGUCGCAGAACCUCCAGCAGCUGGUCCUGUCGGUGCAGCUCUGGCCCGAGGGUGGUGCCGUGUCGCCGACGGCCUCCACCGCCGGUGGGGGGGGCGUCUUCUCGCGCGUGCUCGGGGGCUUCCUGUCGGGAGGCGGCGCUGGCGCCCCGGCACCCGGCGGGGCCACCCCGGCCGCCGAUCCGGAGACCAUGGUCACGGUGGGGCAGCUGGCCCUGCCAUUGGCCGGCCUGUCGCAGGCGGCCGACCUGACGGAGGUCCACCCGGUGGCGGCCACGUCUCGCGGGUCGACCAUGAUGCAGCGGCAUCGCCGAGCCCAUCCGGCCCGGGCGGGCGAUGCCCGUCGCGGCGGGGCCCCGGCCACCACCGCCUCUCCCCUUCCGCCCCAAGGGGCCCUGUGCCAGGUGGAGGUGAGCCUGCGGGUGCGUUUCCCCCUGCCGGUGGCCGGGUCGGGCGGCUCGCGUGCGGCCAUUCUCCCGGUCCGGCUGAAUCCGGCCACCCCCGCCGGGCAGGAGGUGUCCCUGGCGGCCGGGCCGCUGAUUGCCCAGGGCAAGUGGCCCUUCGGGCCGUGGCUGGCCCCGACGGGGGAACAGGCGUGA